AUGGAAAAGAAAAACAACCUCCAGUUCUCCAUCCGGGGCUACGAGGCGUCGGAUCGGCGUGAGGUGCUGGCGCUGCUGUCCGACGGCGUGCUGGAGCACGUGUACCCGGCCUUCUUCCGCAGCCUGGCCUACCCGGACCACGUGGGCGUGGCGCUGAGCGUGUGCGUGGCCGGCUACGUGCUGGGUGGCAGCUCCUACCUCCAGGCCCUGCUGUUUGGCGCGGCCUGGGCCGGCCUGCUCUACUACUGCUGCCACCAGGUCCACCAGGGCUACCUGCAGCGGAGGCUAGAGGCCGCCCGGGGCCAGAACGGCCUGCUGGAAGGGAGCGGCCUCUGGGUGGCCGAGACGGAGGUGGGCGGGCGCACCAGGCUGGUCGGGGCGGUGGCGGUGCGGGCGGUGAAAGGAGACCAGGGGGCUCCCGGUGGAAGGGUCGAGGACCGGACCGGAGAGGAGGAAGAGGAGGAGGAGGAAUUUGAGGAGGGGGAGGAGGAGUUGGAGCUCUACGGCGAGUUGCCCCUCAUGGUCGUGUCGUACGGCUGUCGUCGCCGGGGCCUGGGCUCCCUGCUGGCGCUGAAGGCCCUGGAGACCUGCAAGGGCCGCGGGUACACACGGCUGCUGGUGGACAGCAGCUCGCCGCAGGCCGCCGCCAACACCCUCUACCGGAAGAUGGGCUUCGUCCAGACGGCGGCCCACGGUGAGACGCACGCCAACCGCUGGAUCGCCAUGCUGGCCAGAGUGCAGGUGUUGACACUGGAGAAGUUGUUAUAG